AGCGGACGAGCGAGGGCGGGGCGGAUGGCGCGGCCGCGAUGAGGCGCCGGCUCUGAGACCUUACCCGCUGCUCGGAAGCCAUGGAAAAAGGAAAACCGUUUAAACUGUUCGUGCCGCCGCGCCUGAGCGGCGGUCAGGUGUCUGCAGUCAAACCCCAGACCAGUGCUCGGGCCGCAGAGCCGUGCCAGGGUUUUAACAAAUGCGCAGGUGAUGAUUUUAAUUUACCUUUUGUAAUGACAACUGCAGCAAGCCAUGGUGAAAUCACUGAUGCAGAUGCAAUUUCACAGCAAACGAAACUUGGCUCUGAGGUGGAUGAAGAGAAUAUAGAAACAAUGAAUGAAUUGUAUUCAAAACUCUACAAGGAGGCUGAGAAGAUCAAGCGAUGGAAACUGGCUGUAGAGUCAGAACUAAAGCAGAAGGAAAGAAAAUUUCAAGAAAAUAGAAAGAUUAUUGAAGCGCAGCGUAAAGCCAUUCAAGAAUUGCAGUUUGAAAAUGAAAAGCUAAGUUUGAAACUGGAAGAUGAGAUAUGUGAAAAUAAAGAUCUUUUAAAAGAAAACAGUGCUUCAAGACAUCUGUGUAACCUACUGAAAGAAACCUGUAGUCACUUCACAGAGAAGUCCACCAAAUAUGAACAUGAAAGAGAAGAAACAAGACAACUAUAUGAGGAACUUAAUAACAACAUCGAAAGAAUGAUAGUGGCAUUUGAAGAGCUUCGUGUGCAAGCAGAGAACACCAGACUGGAAAUGUGUUUCAAAUUAAAAGAAGCAGAAGAAAAAAUGGACAACUUUGAAAGAGAAUGCAAGCUAGAAGUCAGUAUGAAGGAAAAGCAGAUUUCAGUUCUUACUGUAAGGUGUAAUGAAAAAGAUGAAGUAAUAAGAGACAUCAAGACUCACCUGCAGGAAUCAAAAAAUAAGAUUGCGGACUUAGAAGAAGCAAAAAGACACGAAGGGGAAAUGUUAAAGGAAUCUCAGCUCAAUCAAGAAUAUUUGAAGGCAGAACUAGAAGAAGCUAAAAAUUCAUUGCGAAAAACAGAGGCUACUCAAGAGAGCUUAGAAACUGAACUGCAGAGUACAGUGAAAGCAUUAAUUCAGGUCACUCAGGAGAAAGAAACACAGAUGGAAGAAUGUAAAGAAACUAAGGCUUUGCACGCAUCCAUGGUAGAAGAGUUCGAGACUUCUACUCACAAUUUGAAAAGCUUACUUCAAGAAGAACAAAAUAGAUUGAAGAAAUAUGAAGAUGAGUCAAAACUGCUUACGUUGGAGCUCACAAAUAAGUCUGCUGAGCUUGAAGAGAUGACUAAACUAAAAUGUGAGAAAGAAAUGCAACUUGAAGAGCUGUCUGAAACGCUGGGAAAAGCUGAAGAACUUCUAGCGAAGAAGAAAGAUCUUGAGGCUACUGUUGAAAAAUUGCAGGAGAGAGAAAAAGAAAUGAAAAAUAUUCUUCAAGUUAGAGAGAAAGAAAUGUGUGAUCUGGAAGUACAGCUGACUUGUUCAGUUGAAAAGGAACAAAAUUAUUUGAAACAACUUACAACACUGAAUGCAGAUCUUGAACGAGAAGCACUAAAGAAUGAGCAACUAACAGUGAAUAUCAAUACACUGUUAUUAGAAAAAGAACAAAUGGCACAAGAGAAAAGUAAUAUGGCUACAGAACUCAAGAAACUGCAAGAAAGUCAUGAGGAUCAAAGGGAAAAAGAAGAAAAUAUAAAGCAGAUAGUAGAACACUUGGAAGAAGCAAAUGGUCAACUAAGAAAUGAACUGGAGUCUUUGAGAGAGAAGAUGGCAAAGAAAGGUGAAGAGGUUAAAAGCAAACUGGAUGAAAGUGAAGAAAAUACCAAGAGUAUUGAAAAUGAAAUUUUGAAAAAGGAAAAACAGUUGAAGAUGCUAGAAAAUAAGUUGAGUAAUAUGAAGAAACAAGUGGAAAAUAAAACAAAGUGCAUUGAAGAGUUACAACAGGAGAAUAAGGUACUGAAAAAGAAAAUGGCUGCAGAAAGCAAGAAAACAAGUAGUUAUGAAGGGAAGGUGAACAAGCUACAGUUAGAGAUGGAAAAUAUGAACAAGCAACAUAAGGCAACAGUUGACAUUUAUGAAAAAGAAAUUGAAGCAAAAGGAGUAACUGAAAAUAACUUACUUGAAGAGGUAGAAAAAAUGAGGUUACUUGCUGAUGAAGCAACAAUAGCACAGAGAGAAACUGAUAUCCGAUGUCAACACAAGAUAACUGAAAUGGUGGCACUUAUGGAAAAACACAAGCGUGAAUAUGAUAAAAUGGUUGAAGAAAAAGAUGCAGAGUUAAAACUAUGUAAGAUAAAAGAGCAAGAGCAGUCAUCAUUGAAAAGAGCUUUGGAAAAUGAACUAUCAUGUUUGAAAAGUGAACUGUCUUCCCUUAAGGAACAGCUUAAAGCAGAAAUUGAAAACAAGGAGAAUCUUGCUAAAGAACUCUCCAAAAAUAGGGCUCCUGAAACUGAAAAGAAGGACAAGAAAAUACAAACUCAUUUUUCUGAGACUCCUAAACUUCACUUAGAUCCAGACUCUGCAUCUACUGAUGUAAAAAAAAUAUUCUCUCAGAGUGACGUUCCUAUAAGAACCAACAUGAUGGAAAGUAAAAAAACAUCUCCUCGAGCAUUUAUGCAGAGUCCCUUGGUCAGACGAUCAUUAAAGACAUAUACUGUAAAGACUCCUCCAGUACAUAAAAUGCAAAGCGAAAGCACAGGUCUGAUUUCAGGACAGAGAAAAAAGCAAAAAGUUCUUCUGCAGCUGGAUGCUCAGUCAGAUAGCUCUGAUCACAGCGACCUCCUGAGCCUUGUUUCAGAUGAAGAAGUAUUUAAAAAAAUAUACAAAGAUUAUCCACAAGCUUCACAGUUAUAUGCAGUGACACCAAAACAGAAACCAACCACAUCAAACCUGAAAUCUGCAGGCUCUGCACUAAAGCUUGCAACUAUGAGAAAAGUGAAAGAGACUGGAUGGACUGCAGUUUCCAAAAUGGACAGGAAGAGAAAAAUUAAAGAUGCUGAAAAGCUCUUUACUUAAAAAAAACAACUGAGCAGUGCUCGAACGUUAUUUGAUGAGGACAACUGCAGUAUUCUUUGAGCGUUAGUACUUUGUUGCAUUUUUCUGCCAUAUUCGGUAUGUUUAAUACAUGAAUUUCCUUGAUACAGAUAGUCCUUUACAUAACUACAAUCUGCAGAGCAUUUUCAGUGUUUUAUUCAUGUUAUAAAAAGUCUGGAGACAUUUUAAUAUUGAAAUGAGAAUAAUUUCAAUGAAAGCUGUUUCCAAAAAAAAAAAAAAUUAUCUGUCACUAGAAAUGCUGGUUUUAAAGAAACUCAGUUUUGUUCUUUUAAAUUUACUCUCUCUUUCUUAAUACACAAUUCACAAAACUAUAUUAUUUAGUAAAUGAAAUGCUGAAUUAGCAGCAUUUUUACCCAAAGUUGUCUUGCAUUUUCUUCUUUUUUUUUUGUUUUGAGUGUUUUGUUGCCAGUAGCUACUUCCUCAUAUGUUAGAAUAGUUUUGAAACUUCCAAAUUCUAUUUUCAAUAGAACUAUGAAGGUUUAAGAUCUCUGCAUCAUUAGGAAUAAAACACGUACACAUAGUUUAAGAUUGUAACCACAGUGUUAAGAUGUCAUUAAAUUGUUGAUCCUGAGAUGUACAGUGUGGGACUGUAUGUUGAUCCUUUAUUUAUCAGAGCACAGAUAUAAAUCACUGGGCAGCUUUCCUAAGAACUAACAGUUUCUGCUAGGUAAGCAUAGAAUUACGUCUAUUUCUGCAUGAAUCCCUAACUAAUCUUGGUUUCACAACUAGUAAAAAAACAUCACCCUGCUUCAGAGCCUAAGAAUAACAAGACAUCUUAAAAAUAUUAACAGAAAUUCCUGGACUGGGUAGCAAUCUUGUAUUUCAUUAUUUUUCUGCAGCUGAAAGUGCAGAGAGCACAGAAGAAUGCAGAAAAUCCAAACAAAUCUUAAGGAAGUUGCACUUUCAAGACUCACUCUAUUUGACAACUGAAUUUCUAAACCAAAAGCAUUAAAGAAAAUUUAUAAAGAUAUUAAAGGACUCUAAUAACAAAAACACAGUGCAAAUCACAGUAUUAAUGGUCAUCACUGACUUCCUAGAGCCUUUUCUGUCUCUAUCUAUUAAAGUAUUUAAUUCUGUUAAGAGAAGGGAGAAACAAACUAGCGUUCACACUGAGCAGAUAGAACUUAAAUUUUUAUCUGAAAAAAGAAAGUGUUCUUGCAUAGCAUCAGGUCUUCAUACGAAGAUUUGAAGACCUACUGCCUGCCUCUCAGAUUGCCAGUCAGAUCAGGAGAGCACUACAGCCAUGAGAAACUGACAACUGUCUGUGCUGUUGUUUUUUAGUUCUGUCCUGCAUGUAGAUAUUGUUUAUCUCAGAAUAACAGGAACUGACAUAUCUAGUGCUCCCCAGUGAAAUAUAACCAGUCUAUCAUACAAGCCACAACAACUAGUAGGACUAUGAAGCAUUUUAAGACUAUAAGAGGAAAUUGUUGUCAUAUCACAUGCAAAGAAAAGAGAUGCCCUUUUAAUCUGCGGUUGACAGGAAAUGCUGCAGCUAAUCCUAGGAAAGAAAGAAAGGAACGGUCAUCUGUGAAUCUACUAAUUUAAAAGAUAAGAGCUACAUUUCAAGCUAGCACAGAGAGACUGGCAAUAGACAGAUGAGCUUUGAAAAUUCAGCAGCCACAGCCUGUUUAAAUGCAAAACCUGAUGGCAAAAAAAAACCCAACAAUGGCAGCAUAUUAAGGAGGCUUGCAAUAGGAUGGGAUUGGAAAUAGUUACUCUACCAGAAUACUAAUCUGCUAGAAAUCUGAUAGGUUUUGUCUUUUCUUGUUCUGUUUAUUUGCAAUCAGCACAGCUUCUAAAUUUCUGUUGUCUGGAAGGAUGGACAUGUUUCAGUGUUAACGUCCACAGUACUAAAUGCCUAUCUGCAGUGGAAUUAAGACUCGCUCAUUCUGCUCUAUACGCUAACCCACUCAUGUGUUGUACUACUAACAGGACUAGGAAUUAUUUCUGGUAACUUACCUUCACUGCUCUUACUUUUACUUUAGGCAUUGGUCAGUGAUAGAGAAUCCUGUUACGUUUUUACACACCACGCGCUGAGUUUCUCUGGCUCAUUGUAGACAUCCCGAGGUAACAAACCCAAGAACUUUAUGCUUCCUUAAUUCCAUUUACAGAGAUCACUUACAGCACUUCUUACAGAAAUCAGCAUACUGUCUUUCACUUAAUGAAUGUCUAAAAUAAGUGAUGUGACUUAAUCGAAUGGUUUAGUUAAGAGAAAGGUUAAAGAUAAAUAAUUGAAAGCAUAACUGGCUGUUCCAGAACACAGCUACAAAGCUGAUGGCUGUAAAAGCGCAUUAAACUUUGCAUCUCUGAAUAGUCUGCAGGUCAGCAGGGGGGCAACCAAAGAAAUGGAUCCAUAAGCAUCAGAUACUGAACUAUGAAUUUUAGCAACCUGUAGGAAAGAAGCUUUGUGCACUCAUAGGCUAUCACACACUGCUUUGUUGUGCUGCCACAUUGUCCUGCUGUUCCCAGAAAGUUCUGGGAUCUCAUCCUCAGCAAAUGUUUAGAGAGGUCAGCAGUGAAAGAAAGAAGUCUAUUGGCACAUCAAGACAAUCUGGGAGAAGAUUUUCCUACCAUAUUACCAGUUUCAGUAAAUUAUUGAAGAAACAGGAACAUGACUAUCGCUCCGGUGCCCUUCUGAGGUGUGGGCUAAGGGGAUGCCUUAGAAGAGGCACUGAGAGGUUUUCUUUGUAUUCGUAUUAGUACGAUGCUAACAUGAGUACAAGGAGCAGAAGUCUCAUUAGUCUGAGGUCCACUCCAACUAAUUUGUUGCAAUUCUAAACAAAUGAAUUACCAUUCUUAACAGUUGGUCAGAUAUCUCUGUAACACAUGGGUGAGAGCUGCCAAGGCUCUUGAGCUCUAUGCAGAUUAUAACACAGUGCAUUCAGAGGCUGGGUAAAAAAAAAAAGUUACAGUGAAUAAACAGUACAGAAAUUGUGGAGAACUGCCAGCGUUCAGCACUCUGCCCAACAGCUCUAACUUCUCAUGACAGCAGGGCUCUGCACAGAUGGAACUAAGGACCUCACAUCUGUGUAGUUACCUUAACAACCAAAUUCGUAAUCACCUCCAAAAACAAAAUCAGGUUUGUGUGACAUGACCUAUUUUAUGUAACACCAUCUCAACUGGCAUUAAUUACGUUCUCAUCCUUUAAUUCUUCAUUGCUCAAAUCCUUUAUCGACUUUCUGUUCUCUAACCUGGUUGACCAGGGUUGGAUGUCAGGCUGCCUUGUUGAGUGUUAUCCGGGUCAGCAUCCUCCCUUUAAAUACUGGCACCAUUCUAGUCUGUUCCUUAACAUGUUGAAGCUCCCUCAGCAUUUCAAGACUUGUGAAAAAUCAGCAUUAGCCAGCAAGGAAUUCUUAGCUUGGAGAUGAUGGAUUUAAAAUAUUUACUCCUUUUACAGCUUAGCUAACUGCUCGUGCUGUACAUGUGUAUGUUGGUCUGUCAGCCACAAGGAGUUACUGAUGACUUUGCACUUACUCUGCAUCAGCAGCUUCUCUCCAUCUAGUAAGAUCCCUUGGCACUACAGUUGGCCUUUGUCUUGACAGAAGUUUAUCUUCUGGCCUCCAGCUUUCUGCGACAGUUUUCUACAUUCUUUCCCAAAUUCUAAUGCUGAUAGUUGUUUGUUUUCCCCUUUCCUUCAUUGUUUUCGUUUUUCUGCUGUAUCAUCUUUCUUAUCUUCACCAAGAUAUACUUGCAAACAUUUCUUUUUUUCUUUUCUCAGCUAUCCACGUUUCCGGAGGAGAACAUUUCACUUAAUAUUCUUAAAGCAAAUUCAGAACCCUUUUUUCCCCAACCUGAAUCCCCCUCCCAGUGAAUUACACUCAUUUUUCUUGAGCUGGAAAAGCUAGAACUUCAGAGCAGUAAAGAAUACAUGCAAAAUAAUUAGGAUACGUUGAAGGCACUUUAAACCUGGAUGUGUGGUUCUCUCUGUCAGGACCAGUGUAUACAGAACAGCUCCAUCUACCAAAAUCAAUGUGAAAUCUUUUCCUAUGAUUGAAGUUUUAUACAACCAAAUCCACACAAAUAUAUAGUGCACAUAUGCAUGAUAUAUAUAUCAUUGUCUACGUGUUUUUUUUAUGUCUAUAUGCAUACAACCUGUACGUUUAACUACAUUUAAAACAGCUCAGAGAGAUAUAAAGCUAAAUAACAUAUAGGAGUAGUAGCAAAAUGUUCUAUUCUGUUGCUAGGUCUAGCUGGACAGAUGUUACUGAGUGUACAAUCCAUGCUAUGUUCGUGUCUACAAGCUUCUUAAUUCCUGAGAAGCUAUGGUAGAAAUUAACCCAAAAUUGAAGACUCCAUUGAAACAGAAAAUAUAUGGCUAAUCCUAAAUGAACAAGAACUUAAUUAUACACAGUCAUUAUACACAAAAGCCCAUAGAAAAUUAGCUUAGGACACAAAGUUACAUGCAGCAGUCUGAAACCACUGGUAAAGGAGACAGUAUCAUUCAGGAAUUGGGUAAAUGCUUAUUAGGACCAGCUGGCUCACUCCUCCAACAGCCCAACACAACCAUGUUGUUCAACUUUCUCAUGUUCCUUAUGGCCAUUUAAGACAACAGUGUGGCUGACCUGUGUAAGGCAUGCAUAAAAGCCAAGUCCAGAUGGCAGUGAGGUGAUUCAUGGGGCCGGUAGGUGUCAACAGAGCUGUAGUGAAGGAGCACACCGAGAAGGUUGGCCAGACACGGACGAACCAGUAGAUUACAGUGGCUCUGUACUAAAUCAAUGCAAGACAAUGCAUACUAACUCAGUCCCUUCCUCACUUUGCUCCUCUGUGUAUUGCUCAAAACCCUUACCAGGAAUGUUUCCCCCCCAUCACAAGAUAACUUAGGUUCAAUGACACUGGUACAACUUUUUGCUUCUCACUGUGCUACAAAAAGUGGCAUCUCAGAGUGAAACCAAUUGAUCCUCCAUCCGUUAGUAUGGCAGUGAAUUGUUUUCACUUCAGAACUUGCUCAGUAGGCUCAAUUAUUUGCCUGCAUGUUUUUUGUUUGUUUGUUUUUGAGUAAGUAAGUGAGGCUUUACCUAACCACACUAGAAAGCAAUUAAUUGCUUGGAUUUGAGAUUUAUUUUGUGUGUAUUGCACUGCAUCUCUCAUUUGUGCCUGCCAGGUAAUGAACAUCCUGAAUGAACCAGACUUCAACACAUUUUCCAAAAAUCAUAAGGGUAGAAUUAGGUGUGAUUCUGGAUGACUCCAUUUCCAUGCUAGCCUGACUAUCAUGACGUUGCUGUCCUAUGUAGCAAAUUAAUCAAUACCAACCUUUUAAAAGCAGUGGUUAGUUUAAAAGCCCAAGAGAAAGACUGACUGUUAACAUAAUUAGAUUUCCAGCUCCAGUUUCCAGGUUAGGAUAUUAUGGACACAUUUGUUCCUAUCACAUUUGCUUUGUAGUUUAGUAUGAAUUUUCAAUAGAUGGCUCUGUGAUAAGAAAGCAGCAAUUCAGAUGCAAUUAUAUAAACAGUAAGAUCAGCCUGGAAUUAGCCUGGAGUGUAUAAAGCACACAGAGUUUGUGCUAGAUCACUGCCUCUCCCAGCUCAAGGCAGAAUCAGGAUCCUGUAAUAGGGAAGAAUUCAGCUGACAAGAGGUUGGUCUUUCCAGACUUGUACUACUGCAGCCACAGGGUAAACUAGACUGUGUAAUGAAUGGCUUUUGUUAUAGGAGAACGACGGCUGGAAGAGACUAGGGGGUGAUUCCAGAUAUUUGUAGACACUGUCAUGUAGAAUUUGUAGUUUGGAAGAGAGUGCACCCUGAAACUGUCCUGGAGCCAAGCAAAGCUUUGUUUUUGGGACUCCUGAGCAGGCCUGGGAAACGAGGUCAGCGUAACAGAGGGAUUAAGGGUGGACUCAUUGAUUUGAAUUCUUUGCUGAUGUUCUUUAUUGUAAUUUGCUUGCAUCUAUUAUUUAAUUCUUGGCAGUGCUCCCAUUUCAUCAUGCCUUUAAGACAGCUCUAAAGUAGAAACUACAGGGCUAUGUCUGAUACGCACAACUAUUUCUUAUCCUAUCUUGAAUGUUUGAUAAGAUGCCUUCUUUAGAAAAACAUUUCAAACUAGUGAGAUUAUUUUAGCAACUUUGGUCAAUUCUGAUAUAUGUCACAUUUUCAAAUUCUUUAUCAGGAAAGGAUAGGAAAACCUACUGCUAUUUUUCUGCAUCCGUGUUUUAUCACUCAUUAGUGAAGAGUUCUAUGUAAUAUGGUUCAGUGGGAAAAAGCUGAAUACAGUAUAUGUUGCGUCUGAGUUAUUUGCCCUCUUUCUGUUCAGUGUUCAGUACUAUUUCAGUUACAUUUCCAGGAUUAGAAAGAAUUUGUGAAACAGGGGCUGAAAAAGUAGAGAUUACUUCUACUACGUGACCGUCAGAACUGUUCUUGUCAAAUCCUGAGGUAAGGAUUAGCAGACAUCUAAUUUUACUUUGGAUUUCUGUUUUUUCCCCUCCCGUCUAGCAUGAGUCCCUUCUUCAUGAUGUCUCUCCUCUUUGGCCUGACUUUUGGUCAAACAGCAUCAGUUUGUGCUCCUUCAGAGUACACAAUCCACGUGGAGAAGCGGGAGUGUGCCUACUGCCUGGCCAUCAACACCACCAUCUGCGCUGGAUUUUGCAUGACACGGGUACAGGAUGUUACUCUCUUUUAGGUGGUUUCCAUAAGAGCCAUCAAGAAACAAAGUUCCUAUUCUUUCUGGAGAGCUAUGUAAAGUUUGUUCAGGCUAAUUGUGUCUGUCAUAGGAAAAUCACAUUAUUGUCAUGCUUUCUAUUUAGCUUACUGGGAAAGCAGAUGUGAGAACUGCCAAGGCUCCUGAGCUCUACGCAGAUUAUAAUGCAGUGCAUAUAUAAUGCAGAGGCCAGGUAAAAAAAAAAAAGUUACAGUGGAUAAACACACUACAGAAAUUGUGGAGAACUGCCAGCGUUCAGCACUCUGCCCAACAGCUCUAACUUUUCAUGACAGCAGGGCUCUGCACAGAUGGAACUAAGGACCUCACAUCUGUGUAGUUACCUUAACAACCAAAUUCGUAAUCACCUCCAAAAACAAAAUCAGGUUUGUGUGACAUGACCUAUUUUAUGUAACACCAUCUCAACUGGCAUUAAUUAUGUUCUCAUCCUUUAAUUCUUCAUUGCUCAAAUCCUGUAUCGACUUUCUGUUCUCUAACCUGGUUGACCAGGGUUGGAUGUCAGGCUGCCUCAUUGAGUGUUAUCCGGGUCAGCAUCCUCCCUUUAAAUACUGGCACCAUUCUAGUCUGUUCCUUAACGUGUUGAAGCUCCCUCAGCAUUUCAAGACUUGUGAAAAAACAGCAUUAGCCAGCACGGGAUUCUUAGCUUGGAGAUGAUGGAUUUAAAAUAUUUACUCCUUUUACAGCUUAGCUAACUGCUCGUGCUGUACAUGUGUAUGUUGGUCUGUCAGCCACAAGGAGUUACUGAUGACUUUGCACUUACUCUGCAUCAGCAGCUUGUCUCCAUCUAGUAAGAUCCCUUGGCACUACAGUUGGCCUUUGUCUUGACAGAAGUUUAUCUUCUGGCCUCCAGCUUUCUGUGACAGUUUUCUACAUUCUUUCCCAAAUUCUAAUGCUGAUAGUUGUUUGUGUUCCCCUUUUUCCCCCCAUCAUUAUUAUUUUUACUAUGGAGAUUAUAACAGUAGCAUAACAAUGAACUUAUUGCUGCUGUUGCUGCAGAGCUUCUGCAGUUUGUGGGGUCAGGGCAGUACAGUUGAGAAAGGAAGAACAUUCUGUCACUCUGAGUUAAUGUAAAUCAUUUGAGUAACUGCCAGUCCAGCCAAUGCAUCAGGGAGUAAAGGCAAUGAAGUACUGCUGUGGCAGCCAGCUGUGGGCAAUACUGCACGUGUGAGCAUGCCAUACACUAUGUUUGAGCCUUGCUAUUCAACACUGCAUUUUAACUUCCACCCUGGUCAGCAGGCAGUGAACAUGUAAUACAAGAUGCUGUGAGCGCUUUGAGCUGGGCAGGGGGUUAUUUAAAACCACAGAGCACGGUGAGCAUUACUGGAGGUGUAGAGAGCUCCCAUCACUUGAAGAUUCAAAGAGACAGAUCUGAACAGGAACACACCAAAAAUUUCAGCGCUAGAGUAAGCAUGGAGAGGUUUUGCUUUCUGCAUAUUUGAGGACAUCAAAGGAAGACGUCUGACGCUCAUGUGCGCUUCACAUGUGAACAACACGUUUCUCUUUUCUUUGUAGGACAGCAACGGCAAGAAGCUGCUACUCAAAAGUGCUCUGUCUCAAAACGUGUGCACAUACAAAGAGAUGUUCUAUCAAACAGCACUGAUUCCGGGCUGUCCUCAUCACACCAUCCCUUACUAUUCCUACCCCGUGGCCAUAAGCUGCAAGUGUGGUAAAUGCAACACUGAUUACAGUGACUGUGUUCACGAGAAGGUUAGGACAAACUACUGCACCAAGCCACAGAAGCUCUGUAACAUGUGAGCUUCCAACAGAACGUGGCAGAAAUGUACCUCCCUGCUCACAACCAAGCAUAAAUAAAACCAUAUUUCAUAACGGGUUUGCAAA